UCGUCACUUACAUCUAAUCAUCUACAAGUCCUCGGUGACUAUUGCUUAUUGACAGAUUCAACAUUCCCCCCUCUGAUACGCACACUGAUGCCACUGGUAGAAUUUAAGAAUCGUCUAAAAGUGCGCUCCUGUGAAUGCCUCGUCUCGGAGGCACAAUUGUUUACAAAAUAACCGUUGCUUUGUCAAGUUGUCUCCGUAAACCGACUUCAAUAAUAUAUAUUAUCUGUGUACGAAGGUACGAAGUGUGUAUGUACUUGUUCCUGUUACCUAAUUUUUUGUUCAUCCGUUGGGUAGGUAGUUUGCUCUUCAUAAUCAAUCUUGGGGAUUACUGCAUUAAAAUCUGCAUUAGAAUUUUAAGACCAUUAUUAAAUGUCAGAAAAAGUGGACCCCAAUUUUAAAAAAAAUGAACCAUGUAGUGACAUUGUUACCUACCAGCCUUGCAUUAUAUUGGCUUUAAUCAUCACUCCCUUUUGUACAGGUGUGUUCAUUCGCCACCUGCGUCUGUAUCGUCCGAGCCACUGUGCGAUAUUAGACAGUGCCCAUUACGAUCCGAUCUGAGUCGUCGAGGACAUAAAGGAUGGUUCGCCAUGGCCACGCCCACCACGCCCGGCAUCAUCACGGUGGUCAUCAUCAUCACCAUCACGGUGGUAUAACUCACCACCAUGGCCUCGCCGCUCAUCAUCACCACCACGCAGCUCACCAUCAUCACCGAAAUGUUCACCACCACCACCCUACAGUGGUGUCCACUGCCGUGCCUGUGGGGGCGGUCGCCGGGGGUCCCAGUUCAGCGGCUGGAGGAGGCUACAUCAUGUGUGCUAUCUUCUUGGUGUGUUUUGGCUUUAUAUUUAUAAUGGUAGGAGCCAUGUUUGUUGCCAUUUUCGAUUUCUCGUCUGUCUUUGCUAUUUCGGGAAUAUGCCUCAUCCCAGUGGGCGUAAUAAUGAUAAUUGCAUUCGCAAUACUGUGCAAGAAGGGAAAAUCAGCGCAACGAGAAGCUGCCAUGGCGCUCCAGCAAACUGGAGCAGUGACCACGAUGAUUUACGGUGUUCAGCCACAACAUCCAGUAGCAUUCGGUCAGCCAGGAGCGCCACCAAUAGUGCAGCCGGCACCUGUGACACCGAUAGUCUACGGACCACAUGGAGAAGUCAGCUACUACCCUGCUACUCAAACAGGAAUACCUACUCAGCCGUACGGAAACACAGAGCCCAGGACUACACAUGAUUCCGAGGACUUUGUCGUGAUGUCUGAUGGCCAUCAAGUAGAACCGACUGCACCUGUCGAUUCCCCACCAAGUUAUGAUGACGUCAUCAGCAAAGACACGCCCACCGAUGACUAGACACAUGAACAAUGGACACUGAUCCUCGUAGUACCCAAACCUGCAGCUAAGUUAAAUUAUGAUAUGUUGACUUUGACUUCAAAGUUCAUGCACACAGAGUUGAAUUAGUCCAGGAUAGCCAGGUAAUUUUGGACUAUCAGACGAGUGAUUACAGACGUCUCUUUACCAAGUUUUAGGGAAGAGGGGUGAGAGGGGGGCAAUAUUUCGGAAAUACCAUGAGGGGUAAUACUGUAACCUUAUCCUUUUCUAGAACCGCAGCUUUUAAACCUGGAGCGGGCUUGUCAUAAGGUGGCAGUAUUCGCGGUGGCUUUGUUUGAGACUGCAACCCGCCUUUCUGACAAGAGGAAUGUACAACGUAGGAUCAUUCACCCGAUUUUGUUUCUCGGCUAAAAAUUGCCUAUUGUAAUAUCCUGGGGCUCCUCUCGGGAUCACCAUACUAAUCGUGAAAAAGUUUGAAUAAAGAAAAAGAAGAGCACAAGUUGUCCUCUUAAACGUAAACAGCGCCACCUAUUGUCAAAUGGCCUGCUGUCUCCUGCUAGUUUUCAAAUGCCCAAAUGUCGGAAAAGUUGGAGGAUUUUGUUCUAUUUCGUCCAUUUGUCAUCGACUCAAAUGUACACUCUCAUUAUCACACCCCCAUAUUCCUCUAUUCUGUUGUAUCUGAUGCCGACUACAGUUUGGUUCUAAAUGCAAUGUAUAAUACAAGGUGAGCGGAUUCAGUCCUCAGUCGGAAGUGGCAACUCGCGUUCUAACAACGUUUUGGUAUUUUCAUGGGAAGU